CUCAAAAAAAUCAACAUUCGAUAUGACAUGACAUGUGAUCGAGUAUUCAGAAGUCAAGCAAUUUACCGAGUGUCUUCUUCGAGGAAUGCCCUAUACGGACAAGAACCUUGGGGACAACUAUCGCACCGUCCAGCACAUCGUACUGGACGUAUCCGAGGAAUACAUUGAGCCACCGGAACCGCGUGCCCGAUGGUGGUCAGGUGGCGUUGCCUCCACCUGCGUCGCCUGCUUCGUGGCACCCAUCGAUCUGGUCAAGUCCCAUAUGCAGACACAAAUUAAAAAGAAGGGCAUGCUGGAAACGGCCGCCCAGGUGAUCCGUUUGCGAGGGUUCAUUGGCUUCUACGACGGCUUCUCGGCGGCGGCCCUGCGGCAGAUGACCUGCACCAAUAUCCGAUUCGGCAUCUAUGAGGCGGGCCGCUAUGCCGAGCCCAUACGUGACAACAAUUUCGCCAAACUGGCCCUGGCCGGCUUUGCCGGUGCGGUCGGAUCGAUCUGCGGCAUACCCACGGAUCUGAUCAAUGUGCGCAUGCAGAACGACAUGAAGCAGAACGAUGCGGAACGACGCAACUAUAGGCACGUUUUCGAUGCGCUCAUCCGGAUACCCAAGGAGGAGGGCUGGCGCGCCUUCUACGCGGGCGGAACGCCGGCGGUAUUCAAGGCCUCGGUGGGCACCUGUGGCCAGAUAGCCCUCUACGAUAUUGUCAAAACUGAGCUGAGCGAGAACUUCGAUAUGCAGGAUGAUGUUAUCCUGCACUUUGACAGCUCGCUGAUAUCCUCGAUAUUCUCCUCGCUGAUCUCGCAUCCCUUCGACGUACUCAAGACCCUGAUGAUGAAUGCCCGACCUGGGGAGUUUCGAGGCGUAUUCCAUGCCGCCAUGUACAUGAUGAGGUUCGGCAUCCUUAGCCCUUUUCGUGGCCUGGCGCCGACCAUUUUGCGCAAAGGUCCGGCCACCGUAAGUCUCUUUAUUAUCUACGAGCAGCUGAGGCUACGUUUCGGCUAUGUUGAGGAUGAAUAAAGCGAGAGAGGAGAGUUUAAAG